AUGAAUAAAAGUCAUUUUAAUGAAAGUCUUUUACAAGACACAAAUGACAAUAAAACACAAACGGAUGAUUAUCCAGAAUUUUUAUUACCUAAACCUAUUCGUUUUUGGUUACUUAUGAUUUUUGAAGUUCCAUCUUUGGCUUGUUCAUUAGUACUUCUUUAUUAUUUAUUUAUUGAUCGUAAUUUACGACAAUCAUUAAGCAAUCAUGUUAUUAUGGUUCUACUUAUUAUUGGUCUUUUUUCUCAAUUAAUUGAUAUACCAUUUUAUCUUAAUUAUUUACGUAUAAAUUAUGUUUGGCCACCAAUAACAAUCAGUUGUCUUACGUGGUGGUUUGCAGCAACGGGUAUUUCUAAUUUAACAAAUAUUGUUAUGGCAUGGGCAUCCAUUGAACGACAUAUUUUAGUAUUUCAUGAUCAAUGGUUAUUAACGAAAAGAAAACGUUUAUUGAUUCAUUAUUUUCCACUUUUAACAAUUGUUCUCUAUGGUUUUAUUUAUUAUAUUAUAAUUCUUUUAAUAUUUUCAUGUGAAAAUAUGUAUGCAUAUGAAUUUGAUUGGUGUUUUUAUCCAUGUUAUUAUAAUAAUAAAAGUCUUGCUUUGUAUGAUACAAUAGUUAAUUCAAUAUUACCAACACCAAUUAUUACUAUAUUUAGUAUUGCAUUAAUUAUUCGUGUCAUUAAACAAAAACAAACUGUUCAUAGAAAUUUUGACUGGCGUAGACAUCGAAAAAUGGUUAUACAACUUUUAUCAAUAACAGCAUUAUUUCUUUUUUUUAAUUUUCCUAUGACAACUCUUGUUUUAGCUAAUGCAUGUGGUUUACCAAAUGGUGCAACUGGACAAUUUGAAUUUUAUACUUAUUAUUUAUAUCAUUUUGUUUCACUUUUAAUACCAUUUGUUUGUCUUGGUGCAUUAUCCGAAGUUAGAAAGAAAAUCAAACAAAUGAUUAUAUUUCAAACAAUGAUCAAUGUAAUUACACCAGGAAAUGUUUUGUUUCGCUAA